CCGAAAGCAUGAAGGAUCCCACAGUCAUAUUGAUUUCAAAGUCUCGGCAGCGGCAUGAAAAGAUGCUAAGUGCACUUUGUCUCUAUCUGGUGCGAAGGGGGCUUGAAUAUUCCGGGUUUCCCCCGGAGGUCCCAUCAAGCAAGAUAUCGGUAGUGCAAGCUUUCCCAGUAAACAUCGUCCGUGACGGUGGUUCCCGAAAUGCUGAUAAAAAAACCAGAAGUGAUCAUUCUAUAGAAACAUGCAUGUUUAAAGAAAAUCUAUCACCGCCACAUGGGAAGCUCAUGUCCUCCGGGGUUUUGAAGCAAAACUCCGAGGUAUGAAAGUGAUAUAUUCUCAAUGAUCCGGGAACGAUUUUCUUACGGUAAAGUUUU